AUGAGGUCGUGGUUGACGGUAGCAAACUGGGUGGUGAUGCUACUGCUGAUUCAACUCCAUGGAGGCCUGUGUUGUUGGGAAGAAGAGAGAUUAGGCCUUUUAGAUAUCAAGGCCUUCGUCAAAUCAAAUGGUGUAGAUGCCAUUGAUCUUCUUCCUUCAUGGCUUGAUGACGAUCACAGUGACUGCUGCAACUGGGAGCGAGUCACCUGCAACUCAACCACAGACCGAGUCACUCAACUAUGGCUUGACAAUCUCAACGAGGAAUACGUAUACAGCGACAUUUGGUUUCUAAAUUUUUCCAUCUUCUUGCCCUUUAAACACCUCAUGAGUCUGAAUUUGUCCCAUAACAAUUUGUUCGGUUCGAUCGAGGGUGAAGAGUUGUCGGCAUUGGAGAAUUUGGAGGAGUUGGAUCUAAGUCGGAAUCAUUUCAAUGGUUCUCUUCUGCCACAAGAUCCCUUGAGCUUUUCCAGAUUUAGGAAACUAAAGCAGCUGGAUCUGAGUCAUAACCAUUUUGGAAAAGAAAUCUUCAGAUACCUGAAUCAUCUGCUCUUACAUCUCUAUCCUUGAAGUUUAAUUUCAUGGGAGGACA